ACCCAGAGGGAGAGAAGGCAUAAGGCAGUGGUAGCAAUCCUGCCUGCCACCUCCCAUGCAAAUCACUCCCAGGAGCACGGCUGCACUCCUCGUGCUGCUCGUGGGCAAUGCUCCUGGGCAGGCUGCCCACAAGAUGCCACCUCGGGCGUUGCGUGUUCUUCCUCAUCCUGGCGCUCCUGAGCGACGCUCUGGGCCUGGUUCUUUUGCUGCUGGGAAUCUUCGCCACACUGAACUACUGGGACUUCUUGGUCUACACAGGGGCCCUGAUCCUGGCUUUCAGCCUGCUGUUCUGGUUGGCUUGGUAUUCCUUCAACAUCGAGGUGCCUCUUGAGAAACUGGACUUUUAAUGUGGCCAUGGGCAGGAAGAACAUGGAUGGCCAGAGCAGCCGUGAGCCUGGGUGGUCAGGCAGACAUGUUGAAGUUCCCAUCCAGAAUCCCCUACUGCGACCAGCACAGGUCCUGUGGAUGAAUAAGAAUCAACUCAACAUGCACCCUCUUUGUAGCACAUCCACUGAGACUAUCCAAGAGGGAGAAGAGUCUAUACUUCAAGAUUUCAGAGCACCCACAAGAUACCCGCAAGUGACUGGGAAUGCCAGGGCUCCAUGGGGCCUGCCAUCCCCACCCCAGGCCACUGACACUGCUGCCGCCACCCCAGCUGUUUGUGAAGCGUGAAAAGCCACCAUGUUCUUUCAGUGAGACUCUCAUGGCGACAACCCCACUGUGGACUUACAUGCCAAAAGAGAUACCCUAUCCUCCCCUGCCCUUCUGGACAAAAUCAUUUCAAAAACUACUGGUUGGAACCAAACUUGAAAGUGAAAAGUGAGUCUCCUGUGAGCACUUAUUUUUACAUUGCAUCCUCUGACUUUGGCUACGCUGAGUCCCUGGAGAACCCCACCUCACCCCUGCCGUCCAGUGGAUGCCAUCGGUGCUGUGUGGAAGAUGACUGGUCUUGUAAGGAGCGCAGGCUGCCACUUUUCACACAGCCUCACUUGCGCACACAGCCUCACUUGCCCCACACCGUACACAUUGAGUGUUUUGUUUUGUUUGUUUGUUUGUCAAUGGAAAAGCUCCAGAGAUUUUUCUGAUAGGUAUGCCAGGCCUUGACUGUGAUAUCUGCAUGUUGCCUGUGACUUUAAAGGCAAGACUUUAUUUUUAGCCAAAUUGCAUGUGGCCUAGUCCAGCCCAACUGCAGCAACCAUUCCAAGGCUGGUGGGAUAGAUGCACUCUGCUUCGUCUCCAAGGCUUGACCCACCCUACUAAUUUAUGUUCCCCCUGGUCUGGUUUUGUACUCCUUAUUUAUAUGACACCCUGAAUGUGUAUGUGUUUCCCUUAAGCUGCCUCCUAUCUCUUAUGGCCCAAGG